AUGUCGCUCGCCAGCACGUCUUGGGAGAAUGCACAGGUGCGGGUAUCCCGGACGUUCCUGGAAGUCGUUGAGAUGUGCGCAGCACCGGAAGCAAGAAGUCGUACGAUGCCGGCGCUCCCCAGUUUGGGCUUGGACCUCGAGGAAGAGCCCGCACCGGGACUCGCUGUUCUGGGAGAGCCGAGCUUCAAAGAGAAGCAUCACGAGUCAGAUCAGGACCAGAAGUUUGUCGUGCGGGUGUCACGGACAUUCUUGGAGGUUGUCCCAGAUGUGACCGAGGAUGCUGAGCUUGCCAGCCGGCAGCUGCGCAGCAGCAGCAUGCCCGUACUCCCCAGCUGCGGGCUUGAUUUCGAGAAGGAGGGGGAGGAAGAGGAGAGCUUCGGUGCAUCUGAGAGCCAAGAAGCGCCAGAGCCGAUUCUUCGUGGCACUCCGAUCUUUCACCCCCACCUCGCAGAGCCCGUCGUGGGCAUUACGAUGUGUCAGGCAGUUGAGGUGAUGGAAAGCCAGGCGAUGGGGCUUGCGCCACGUUGGGCAGAGCCCCUGCUUAAUGGGCUCGUCGUCCACCCGGUGGACACAGAUCCAGGCGUUCAGAUGCAGGAGGAGAUCGAUGUCGAGCGUUUUACAGGUGAGGAAGAGGCGGUCGGCAACCAGGAUGGACGGGAAGAGCUCAAACUUGUGCCGCAACAUGCCGACGCGCAUUCGGGCCCGUUUCCAUUGCACAUGGUUGAGCGACACAACAACGGCCAAUGCUUCCCUUGCGUUUUCUUCUCAGCCAGAGGAGAUGGCUGCCGCAAGGGUGACAAUUGCACGCACUGCCACGUCUGCCUCCCGCAUGAGAUUCGCCGCAGGAGAAAUCGUAUCAGCGCGGAGAUGAAGAGAGCAAAGAAGGCUGCUUCAAGGCAUCAACACGACGGGGCUUGA